AUGGUUCGCACACGAAAUGGCGGAUCGACAAGCUCUCACAGAGGUGUAGAGCAGGAAGCUACCGAGCCAGUUGUACAAGAGACUGGUUCGGUUGAUCGACGGAAGCUAGAAGAGAUCGAAGCCGCACUAGCUGCCCUUAGAGCUCAUAUGAUAUCUGGUGAUCGUAUGAGGAGAGUAGAGGAGACCCAAGAAGAUUUGCUUGAGACAGUGACUGAUUUGGGCAAUGAGGCAAGAGAUGCCAUAGGCGUGAUACAACUUGGGUAUGAUGAGCUGAAGGCUCAAGUCAGUGUGCUUCAGGCAGCGGUAGCUAGUUUGACCGCAAACCCUAUUGAAAGAGUGGGCAUACGAGCCAAGAUCCAUGAUCCUCAACGCUUUGAUGGAGCGAGGGAUGCUAAAGAGCUUGAGAAUUUCUUAUUUGACAUAGAGCAGUAUUUUCGGGCUAUGCGCACGGAGUCUGAGGAAGAUAAGGUGGCAAUGGCUUCGAUGUAUCUAGGUGGUGACGCCAAGUUAUGGUGGCGGUCCAAGUUCAAAGAUGGAGUGUGCUCCAUUACUACUUGGGAUGCGUUAAAGAAGGAGUUGAAGACCUCCUUCCUCCCCGAGAAUGUUGAUUACAACGCUCGUAAGAAGCUAAGGGAAUUAUCCCACAGUGGGACUAUACGGGAGUAUGUGAGAGAGUUCUCAACCUUGAUGUUGGAUAUAAAGGAUAUGUCAGAAAGAGAUAAGUUGUUUCAUUUUCUUGAAGGGCUCAAUCCAUGGGCUAGACUCGAGUUGCAGAGACAGAAGGUUCAAGAUUUGACAGUAGCGAUAGCUGCUGCCGAGUGCCUUAAUGAUUAUAACGAUCAUCCUGGAAAGCGCAAGACGCCUUCUGUGAGUGGAGCUAACACCCAACAGGUUAGCGGGAACAAGUUGGCUCGAGGGGAGAAAACAUCGAGUUGGGGAGCAAAUAGAAGAGUCCCUGGAAGGGACCCAGCUCAAAAUAAAGUCCCUACUGGUCCUGGAUCGAGCAAUGGAGGGAAUAGACCCUCGUUAAGGUGUUUUCUUUGCAAUGGACCUCAUCGGGUUGUAGAGUGUCCACAACGAAGUGCUUUUAAUGCCAUGGUUGCAACAACAAAGGACGGAGAAAGAGUGAACGCUCCCAUGGGAGAUACUGAACCUGAGCCGGCUAGAAUGGGCUCCAUCCGAUUCAUAACUGCAUUACAGUCUCAGUUGAGUAACUUGAGGAAAGAACCAGAGAGGGGAUUGAUGUAUGUGGACAUCUCAGUAAAUGGGAAAACCUCUAAAGCUCUAGUCGACACAAGGGCCACAGAUACGUUUAUCUCUCCUGAGGAAGCGGAGAGAUGUAAGUUGAUUGUCACCAAGGAGGUGGGACAAAUGAAAGCAGUUAACUCUGCCGCUUCAAUGAUAUGUGGAGGUGUGAAGAGGGUCAGUAUCAAGCUUGGGUCUUGGGAAGGAAGUGUAGAUUUCACUGUUUCCCAUAUGGAUGAUUUUGACGUGGUAUUAGGGCUCCAUUUUAUGAUGGCAUCCCAGGUGAUUCCUGUUCCGGCAUCAAGUUGUUUAAUGUUCAUGGGGGAGCAGCCAUGUGUGGUACCAGCUACGAUUCUCCCUCGUCCUGGGAAGAAGAUAUUGAAUGUUCAAGAAGUGCUGAGAGACUUUGAGGAUGUAAUGCCGGGUGAAUUGCCGAAAGAGUUGCCCCCUAGACGGUUGGUGGACCAUGAGAUUGAAUUAAUUCCGGGAGUAAAACCUCCUGCGAAAUGCCCAUAUCGGAUGAGUCCUCCGGAGUUGGCAGAGUUGAGGAAACAGUUGGAUGAGUUGCUCCAAGCAGGAUUUAUUCGACCCUCGAAGUCACCUUUCGGGGCACCUGUGUUAUUCCAGAGAAAACAUGAUGGGAGUUUGAGAUUAUGUGUUGAUUAUAGAGCAUUAAACAAAGUGACUGUCAGGAAUAAAUAUCCCAUUCCGUUGAUUGUUGAUUUGUUCGACCAGCUGAGUAAUGCUAAGUAUUUCACGAAGUUGGAUCUCAGGUCGGGAUACCAUCAAGUGAGAGUGGCCGAAGGGGAUGAGCCAAAGACGACAUGUGUAACUCGGUAUGGAGCAUUUGAAUUUCUCGUUAUGCCUUUUGGACUAACCAAUGCUCCCGCUACUUUCUGCACUUUAAUGAACCAGGUGUUCCAUGACUAUCUCGAUAAAUUCGUAGUCAUCUACUUGGACGAUAUAAUGAUUUUUAGCAAUUCGAUAGAAGGGCACUUGGAGCAUCUUCGGUUGGUGCUGACGAGAUUACGGGAAAAUCGGUUGUUUGUAAAGAAGGAGAAAUGUGCUUUCGCCCAAACACAAGUCUAA